GACCCGGGGUCACGAGACCGUUGGGUGGGCGGAGCCAGUGGCCGGGGAGGUUCUAGUCUGUUCUGCCUGGCAGCAGCCGCCCCCUUUACGCGGUCACGCUGCGCUAGCGCCCGGGCUUGGUAUCGGGCCGCAGCCUCCGCCGUGCCCGCCGCCUCCUGCUGCCUCCCGCCGCCUCCGGACCAUGGACCCCCGUAAAGUGAGCGAGCUUCGAGCCUUCGUGAAAAUGUGCAAGCAGGACCCGAGCGUUCUGCACACCGAGGAAAUGCGCUUCCUGAGGGAGUGGGUGGAGAGCAUGGGGGGUAAAAUACCACCUGCUACUCAUAAAACUAAAUUGGAAGAAAAUACCAAGGAAGAAAAAACAGAUAGUAAGAAGGCGGAGGAAAACAUAAAGACAGACGAACCAUCAAGUGAGGAGAGUGAUCUAGAAAUUGACAAUGAAGGUGUGAUUGAACCAGACACUGAUGCCCCUCAAGAAAUGGGAGAUGAAAAUGUAGAGAUAACCGAGGAGAUGAUGGAUCAGGCAAAUGAUAAAAAAGUGGCUGCCAUUGAUGCCCUAAAUGAUGGUGAACUACAGAAAGCCAUUGACUUGUUCACAGAUGCCAUCAAGCUAAAUCCUCGUUUGGCCAUUCUGUAUGCCAAGAGAGCGAGUGUCUUCAUCAAAUUACAGAAGCCAAAUGCUGCCAUCCGAGACUGUGACAGAGCUAUUGAAAUAAAUCCUGAUUCUGCUCAGCCAUACAAGUGGCGAGGGAAAGCACACAGACUUUUGGGCCAUUGGGAAGAAGCUGCCCAUGAUCUUGCCCUUGCCUGUAAGCUGGAUUAUGAUGAAGAUGCUAGUGCAAUGCUGAAAGAAGUUCAACCAAGGGCCCAGAAAAUUGCUGAACAUCGGAGAAAGUAUGAGCGAAAACGUGAAGAGCGAGAGAUCAAAGAAAGAAUAGAAAGGGUCAAGAAGGCUCGGGAAGAACAUGAGAGAGCCCAGAGGGAGGAAGAAGCCAGACGACAAUCAGGAGCUCAGUAUGGCUCUUUUCCAGGUGGCUUUCCUGGCGGAAUGCCUGGUAAUUUUCCUGGAGGAAUGCCUGGAAUGGGAGGGGGCAUGCCUGGAAUGGCAGGAAUGCCUGGGCUCAAUGAAAUUCUUAGUGAUCCAGAGGUUCUUGCAGCCAUGCAGGAUCCAGAAGUUAUGGUGGCCUUCCAGGAUGUGGCUCAGAACCCGGCAAAUAUGUCAAAAUAUCAGAGCAACCCAAAGGUUAUGAAUCUCAUCAGUAAAUUGUCAGCCAAAUUUGGAGGUCAAGCAUAAUGCCCUUCUGACAAAGCCCCUGCUGAAGAAAAAGCAACUUACAUCACCUAAUGGAUGUCGCAAUAAUACAAACCAGUGUACCUCUGAUCUUCUCAUGAAGAAAGCUGGGGUGCUUUGAAGAUAAUCCCUACCCCUCUGCUCCAAAUGCAGCUGAAACAUUUUACAGUGGUUUGCCAUUAGGGUAUUCAUUCAGAUAAUGUUUUCUUACUAGAAAUUUAAAACUUUAAACAAUUUUUAAAUCUUAAAAAUAUUUAAAACAAAUUAAAAGGGUGUGUUAAUCCCUACAUUUUUCUUUACUAAUCAUUUUGUUUUUUUCCUUUGAAUUAGCUAGGCAAGGAAGAUACUUCAGUAUGGAAGAUUUAUUGUUCAAGUUUGAGUGAAAUAAAGAUUUAUUAGUGGGAGACAAAUGUAACAUUUAAAUAGAUAAAGUUUGAGUUGGAUAUAUGGUCACUGAGGCAUUUUGAUUUGUCUUUUUAAUUGCUUUAUUAUUAUUUUUAAUGAUUUGCUUCCAUGAAACUGUUGGGACCACCAGUAUUGCAGUAGGACCUGGGUAGGGACUGGAAGUACUUGGCAGGGCAGCAGUAAUCUUACUACAUUUUAUAGAAUGUGUACCCUUGUGCAGAUGUAUUUAAAUCUUACACUGUGGUGAAAGGAUGAUUUUUAUACUGCUGCAGUAAAAUUGGAUUACUUA